AAGGCAGAGGCGCUCGGUGCGUUUUUACGCACGGCUUUUGCGCACGGACUUUGGCUGGGAAGGGCGCCUUUUGGAGGGGUUUUUCGAAGGGGAGAGCCUUCUUUGGGACUCGGGGGCCCUGGACGGAGGGGUCUGCAAGGCGAUCCGGCUCAGGCUGUGGAUUGUGGGCUCUGCAGUCCAGCAUUUCCCCUUCCCUCGGCUCCAAUGCUGAACAUGAGCGAAGAGGCUGGCCAAGCCCUCGACGGGGCGGCCCCGGGGAGCCCAGUGGGGCCCCUCUCCCCCGGCGGGGAGUCGGAUUCCGAAGCUCCCUCGUCGCCCACCGGCUCGGAAGGGACCCCUGGCUCGGCGGGACCCCCCAGCGGAGCCCCCUCGACGGCGCCCUUGGCAUCCCAGCGAGGCAAAGGCGGCGAAGGCUCCGGAGGCGAAGCGGACGAGAGGUUCCCGGCUUGCAUCCGCGACGCGGUGUCCCAGGUGCUGAAGGGCUACGACUGGAGCCUGGUGCCCAUGCCAGUCCGGGGCCACGGGGCCCUGAAGGCCAAGCCCCACGUCAAGAGGCCCAUGAACGCCUUCAUGGUCUGGGCCCAGGCUGCCCGGCGCAAGCUGGCCGACCAGUAUCCCCACCUCCACAACGCCGAGCUCUCCAAGACCCUGGGCAAGCUCUGGCGUUUGCUAAGCGAGAGCGAGAAGCGUCCCUUUGUGGAGGAAGCGGAGCGGCUCCGAGUUCAGCACAAGAAAGACCACCCCGAUUACAAAUACCAGCCCCGCCGGAGGAAAAGCGUCAAAGCGGGCCAAAGCGAUUCGGAUUCUGGAGCGGAAUUGAGCCAUCAUGGCGGGAACCAGAUCUACAAAGCAGACACUGGACUGGGAUCCAUGGGUGAAACCCAUCACCACAGUGACCAUGCAGGGCAGACCCACGGGCCCCCUACCCCACCAACCACCCCUAAGACGGACCUCCACCAUGGCAGCAAGCAGGAGCUGAAACAUGAAGGGCGCCGCCAAGUAGAGAGCGGCCGCCAGAAUAUUGACUUCAGCAACGUGGACAUCUCUGAGCUGAGCAGCGAGGUAAUCAACAACAUGGAGACCUUCGACGUCCACGAGUUCGACCAGUAUUUGCCACUCAAUGGUCAUUCCGGCAUCCCAGCGGAGCAUGGGCAGAACACUACAGCGGGGUCUUAUGGGGCUUCCUACUCUCAUCCAGCCAACACUGGCAGUAGUGGAGGCGGCGGCGGUGGAGCGGCUCAGGUUUGGACUCACAAAGGCUCUAGCUCCACGUCUCCAUCCUCCAACGAAGCUGGGCAGCAGAGGCCUCACAUCAAGACGGAACAACUCAGCCCCAGUCAUUACAGCGACCAGUCACAUAGCUCUCCGACCCACUCUGAUUACGGAUCUUACAGCGCCCAAGCAUGUGCCACGACGGUGUCCUCGGCUCCUGCCACAGCCUCUUUCUCCAGCUCCCAGUGUGACUACACAGACCUCCAGAGCUCUAACUACUACCAGCCAUACCCCGGAUACCCUUCCAGUAUCUACCAGUACCCCUACUUCCAUUCUUCCCGCCGGCCCUACGCAACUCCAAUCCUCAACAGCCUCUCCAUCCCUCCUUCGCACAGCCCCACUGCAAACUGGGACCAGCCCGUCUACACAACUUUGACCAGGCCUUAAGAGAGGACAAAAAAGGAGGAGAACUAUGAUCCUGACAUCUCCUCUUCCCCAUCUGUCCACAACGUAUGCACUACACAAAUGAACAUGUAAAACGGGACAAGGAAGGCAAAAAAUAAUACUAUGGUGGAGCAUCUGUUGAUUGUCUCAAGUGCCUCCUGUUUCCUUUUUUCUUCUCUGAACAACUGGACGUCCCCUUUCCAGAAUCUUUAAAUUUUCAAAGACAAGAGUUCUAUUUUCUUUAUUGUUAUUAAUAAUAAUAAUUAAUAAUGAGUAAUGGAGGGAGACAAAAAAAGUCAUAAUUCUGGACCAAUAUUUCUCUUUUUUUGAAUCAAUGAAGGAUGGGAUAUUCUAACUCCUCUGUGAGGACUUGGAAGAGCAGCCGGUGCUUUGGAUGAAGGACAGUGCAGAAUUUGGAAGGAAACGUUGACGCUCAAGGGUUUGUUGCAAUUUGAAGGUGGGCACAGAGAACCCAUAUAGAUUUUUAAAACAUAAACAAUCCUAACCAUUCAAUUAACAAUACUGGGGGACCAUUCACGAAUCUUUUGGGACCAGCCGACUAAUGCCAGCUUUUCUUCGUUUUUGUUGCGAUUUCUUCUUAGCGAGGUUUGGCUGUAAUUAACAUUUAUGUUUGGAAGCUUACCAACAAACAAUAAGUAUGUUAAGCUCAGAAAAAUAAUUUUGUUUGGGUCAUUGUUUUGGGAUAAAUCUCUUAAAUAUGUAUUUAUGUUCUGUGUCAUUUUGUCUUUUUUAUUAAUGAAGUAAUUCUGUGCAAGAAGUAGGGGGUUUCUUUUUAAGAAAAGAAAUGUUUAAGGGGUGCAAAAGCAUAAAUUAGUGGAGACAAGGUGAUGAUUUUUUUUCCCAAACCCGGGGGGGGGGGGGAAGACAUUCCACUCUUCAGAAGAUAAAAAAUCUGAAAUGUUUCUAAAAAUUAAAUUGCAGUGUAAAGGCUUGAAGGAAGAUGGGGAGAAGUGAUGGAUCAUUGGACGGAUUUCACAGAGAGAAGACAAAAUUAACAUUGAGGUUUGCAUUGAUCAUAAGCCACAAAAUUUUAACAAAAGUGGUGGCUAAUAAAAGGAUUUAAAACUUGAUUUAAACCCAGCCUUUUUGGGGAAGGGGCUGUUGCAGUGUAGCUUAUUUUAGGGACAAUCAGGCAAUGCCCUCCUGCUUGAAUUGGUGCCUCUAAGGCUGGAGCCUAGUACUCCUGGAUGUGUUUUGACCUUUCCGUUCCCGGUCUUUGGCAAUGGUGGAAUAGGGAAUCCAGAGCUUGCAGGGUCUAAGUUCUGGCACUCUUUGGUUGGCUGCGAUUGUGACAUGAUUUGCCACACACACACAAAACCAUCAUUCCCAGUGAGUUGAGCUGCAGUCUUCACUAGAGCUGGAGGCCAAAUGGAUUUCUCCCCCAGUAAGAGUAUAGUUGUGGUAUUGACCAUCCCUAUUGUGCUGCAAACUAUUUGGGGUGGCUUGAUCUCAAAUAGGCUGUAGUUGUCAUGUGCUUUUGAGUUGACUCUGUCUUACGGCAGAUGUAUUCAGAGCAGGUUUGCCAUUCCGUUCCUCAGAGACUGAGGGCCUCGACAGACCGGCCAUAAAGACCAGCAUCGGGGCAGAAUGGGGGCAUGGCGUCUGCGGGACGCAUGCCCCAACUCUGCUCCCAUGCCGGCAUGAUGCGGUGGGUGGCAUCACGGUGCUCCUCUGCUGCUGCGUCCAGAUGACACAAUGGCAAAGGAGUGCAGAAAAGCAGAGCCAGCAGUGGGUAUAGCACACUUUCCAUGACUGCGGUGGGCUUUUUACUCUGUAGAAAGGCCAGUUCAGGGCCGUAGCAUGUAGUUGCUGCAGCCCGAUGGGGUGGUCUGUUCAGCCCCUAAGAUGGUCUGCCUUGCCUGAGUUCACCCAGUGGGUUUCCAUGGCUGAGCAGGGGU